ACUUCAGAGCCAUAAAAUCAGUUCAUCAGAGAACUGCCAAUCACCAAUCACUGCCUACCACAUAUUAGCCUCGCCCUAGUAAUGGGCCCAUUUUGUUUCCAAUAACUGAUGUACCUUUCCCUCUCUGACUCUGUGUGUGUGCGUUCCAGGCUCUCACGAUUCCGUGUGUGGUUUAGAAGUGUUAUCAACUAAGAAAUUUCCCGAUUGGGGAAAAGCGUCCCUGCAUUUUGCAACUGAUAAAAUGCUGGGUUUCUUUGCCAGAAUGAGUGCUAAAGAUACAUAGAGGGGGACUAUCAUUGCCAGAUUUGGGUAAACCAUAGGAUCAUGUGGACUGCUGUUGAGUUUAUCAGUGUUGAUCUAUAAAAAGGGACGGGCCACCCUUUGUUGUGGUGGAUAUGAUGUUAAGAGGUAUACUUGAUAACCAGAGACUAUUGCACUACCUUCAAAAUGGAUCCAGUUAUCGUGGUCCUCGUGGCUCUUUUGCUUGCAGCUGUUGCAUACAAGCCACUGAUAACACUUUUAAACAAGUCAUCAGGUUCUGCUGCUGACAAGAAACCACCUUCUGCUGUUCCAGUCAAAGCAGCUUAUUAUGUGGAUGCUGAAGCUCCACAGCCAACUCCAUUGUACAUCACCCCAGAACAGGUCAAAACUUACGAUGACAGACCAUGGAGACCGUUCAGAUGGCCAUACCAUCAAACGAUGUCCAUCUUCAAGCUUGACAUUAACCACUGGUUGGACAUGGACAAGUAUUACUGGCAUUACAUCCAAGAGAAGGAACGUAUCUACCACGAAUACGGUAAGGAUAACAUUGAUUGGCUGCCAGAGUCUGAAGAUGCUUGUAUCGAGCUUAUGGAGACAGUGAGAGAUCACAUGCUGAAGAGAUAUCCAUUGUUGUUUACAUCCGAGGACAACGGUGUCCACGUUAAGAACGAACUGACUGGCGAAGUCCUCGACUUCUCUAUGCCUUUGAAAGAUCACCCCCUGAUCUACGUCACCAAGAUGGCUAAGGAAGAUUUCUAUAUUGUUCAAAAGCGUGCAGAUGGUCACCAUUACCUUGUUGCUGCUGCUGUCCCAUUUCCAGGUGGCUCUUUCGGUAUUAGCUAUAAGAUUGGAAAAUCUUUGGACUUCAUCCACUCUGAGGUUCCAUACUACGAGUCCAAGUUGAAAAAAUCCAUGGAGAGAUGGUUCUCAAAGACCACUGCUGCUGAUCCUGUUGAAAGAGCUUCCUGGUACUGUACUUGGGAUCACAAUUUGCUCUGUUCCAACGUCUACGCUUUGAAGAAAGGCGAGACGGUCGAUUCGAGCGUUGAUGAGCGUAAGUUCAACAUCCGUGUUGAGCGUCAAACUGUGAGAAGACUACCAAAGACCAAGGCUAUUAUCUUCACAAACCACCCUGUCUACUACUCCAUCGAGGAGAUGAAGGAUGAGCCACUCAUCCCAUCCUUGUUGAAGAAGAUCUUCUACGAGGCUCCAGAAGACAUCAUCAAGUACAAGAACUUCACAGCAAUGAGAGAUCACCUCUUGCCAUACUUGGACGGUCUCAUUCAACGUCAAAUCGAUCUUGGUUUGAUUACUGAGGAUACACCAUUGAAGACCCUCCCAUCCUACCCAUUUGCACACUUUGUUGAGCAAAGUGAUGAAAUCAAAGGUUGGAACACCGCCAUGUUGAAGAGACAAGACGAGGCGGCCAGAAAGAAAGAGGAGGAGGCCAAGAAGGCUCAAGCAGCUUAAUAUUAUAUACUUCGUUUGUUAUUCUUUUGUUUAAAUUAUGAGUUUAUGAGGGCUUUUUUCCGCUGUAUUCAUCACGUUCGAGAGACGGAUCUCCGUUAUCCAAUACUAUGGGACAGUUUUACAAUGCUCUUCUAAAGCCCUGUAGCUUUUCAACGGCUAAAGUAUAAAAAUGUUCGAUCCUUGGUAAGGAGAUGACGCCAUCGGAAGACUCUUCGAUAUAGCGUAUCAAAGUGUUUCCA